AUGGCCGGUACGGACGAGCUGCGCAUCAACGUGCCACCCGCUUGGCUGCGUCUCGUCGACGAGUCCCACUACGACCUCGAGCGUGUCAAAUCCAAGAUGAAAGAGCUGGACGGGAUGCAUAAGAAGCACCUGCUGCCCGGCUUCGACGACCGCGACGCCGAGGAGAUCGCCAUCCAACUCCUCACCGGCGAAAUCACUCAGUUGAUGCAAAAGUGUCAGCAGCGGGUGGUGAAGUUGGGCAACAUCAAGAAGGGCAUCUCCGACGAGCAACUCAGGCUGAAGCAAAACAUUCGCCUGAGUCUCGCCGGCGAACUGCAAGAGCUCUCCUCCGUCUUCCGCCAGAGUCGAGGAGGCGCCUUGCAUUCGGGGGACAGGGACAUGGAGGGGGUCGACCUCUACGGCGGGAUGAGCGCCCAGGACGAGGAGAUGAUGGCCGACACCGGCUUCUCCGGCUCUCAGAUCAAACAGAUCGCCGUCCUCGAAGAAGACGUCGACCAGCGAUCGAGAGACAUUGUGUCGGUGCAGGAGUCGAUCGUGCAGCUGGCGGAGCUGUUCAAGGACCUGGCGGUGCUGCUGGUGGAGCAGGGCACGAUCCUGGACCGGAUCGACUACAACAUCGAGCACACGUGGGAGAACAUCGACAAGAGCGUGGCCGAACUGGGCCAGGCCGAGAAGUACCAGAAGAAGACCGGCUACAAGCUCUGCAUGCUCCUGCUCCUCUUCAUCAUCGCCGGACUCAUCAUCGCCCUCGGCCUCAAGGUCAUCUUGUAG